UCUUCAUUUCCUCCUGAAUUUAUACUUCCUGAUAUGAAAGUUCAAUUUUUAUUACCUUCUGGUUUUAUACUUCUUGAUAUGAAAGUUCAUAAUAAUUAUUGGAUUAGAUUUUGGCACUCUAUAGAAAAGAUUAUAGGCAAUAGAUAUAUAGCAAAGUGUACCUAUUGUAAUAGUGAAAUGCCUGAUCAUUCUAAAAAACUUCAUAGCCAUAUCCUUAUAUGUACUAGAUAG